AUGGGCCCCUUGCUGCCUGUCAUGACCAAGGAAGCGGAGGCCUACCUCCGGCAGGGCGCCAACUGGAAGCCGCAGAACAAGGCAUUCAACGUCGCGGACGCACAGGCCGUGGCGGUGCUGGGCGCGGGGGGCUUCGGACAGGUCCUGUUGGUGAAGUAUAAGGGUAGCUAUCAUGCCUUGAAGGCGAUCAGCAAGGCGUUUGUAAAGGAGCAGGGGUUGGUGGAACACGUCAAACGAGAGAAGGAACUCAUGUCGGAGUGCGACUCUCCCUUCCUUGUACGGCUCGCGGGUACGGCAACGGAUGACACGACGCUGUACAUGAUGAUGGAAGCGGUCAUGGGCGGCGAGCUCUUCGCCUACCUACAGACUCGUACGCGGCCUCUAGACGAGAACCACGCCCGCUUCUACGCGGCCUCCGUUGUCCUCGCCCUGGAAUACCUCCACGAUAGGGAUAUGGUGUAUCGGGAUCUCAAGCCCGAGAACCUGCUCAUCGAUCUUCAGGGGUACCUCAAGGUAACGGACUUUGGCUUCGUGAAGCGGCUACGAAAGGGCACCAAGACCUUCACGCUGUGCGGGACACCCGAGUACCUAGCACCAGAGAUUAUAAUGAACAACGGCCACAACGGCGCAGCGGAUUGGUGGGCGCUGGGUGUGCUCAUCUUCGAGCUGUGCAACGGCCUGCCGCCUUUCAUGGAUGAUGACCGGUUGGCCAUGUUCAGGAAGAUCUGCAACCGGGACCUUACCUUCCCCAAGCACUUCUCGAGCAACCUACGUCAUCUGAUUGAGAGACUGCUGGACCCCAACCCGCUGUUUCGUACGGGUGCGGGCCGUGAAGGGGCCGCGGAGAUCAAAUCACACCCUUGGUUCGCAAACUUCGACUGGGAUAAGUUCCAAGCCAAGCAGCUUCCCGCGCCCUACAUCCCCAAGCAACCCUCACACGCGGGUGACACCUGCAACUUCGCACCCAUGCAGGUGCGGGAUACCUGCGGACGUAGAAGGAGAUGA